AUGGGGUCCGGCGGGCGUCGUCGGUCGAAGCCAAAAGACCCUGAGGUGGAGGAGCGGACGGGCCCCCUGUGGCACGUCGUGUGGGCGCUCGCGCUCGCGGGCGCGGCCGUGAGCGUGGGCGCUCUCUGCAUCCCCGAGUGGCGCGUGAGCGACGCCGUGGACUACAGGUAUAUGUUUCGCAGCCAGGAGAAGCACCAGGGCUACCAGGGGACCUCGUGGGGCCUCUACAACAUCUCCUUCGACGGGGGCCGCUCGCUGCUGUCUUGGGCGCAGCGGCUCAGCAGCAGCAGCGAGGCCGUGGCCAACGCCGUGCGGCUGGGGCAGCAGCAAACUGCAGCAGCACAGUACCAGGCCUGGGCCGCCCAGUGUCCUGCUGCUUGCCAGGACGCCUUAACUACUAGACUGGCCUGCUACCGCAGGCUGGCCAGCGUGAGCACUUUGCUGCUGGGGGCAGCAGCGCUGGGGGGGGCCCUCGCGCUGCUGGCUGUGGGGUGGUUUUUUCUCUUCGGCAAAAUGGCCUACUUGGCCGUGGGCUGCUGCUGCUUGGGGGGCCUCCUUUGCUGCAGCGUGGGGGGCUAUUGGCUGUGGGAAACGGCCACUUGCUGGAACAUGAUAGUGCUUUCGCAGCAGUUCCCGCUGCCGCGGCUCUCCACGGGCUUCUACCUGCUUGCUGCAGCAGCAGGACUCUACUUUGCUGCUGCUGCUGCUGCUCUUGCUGCUGAGCUGCUGGACAGGGCUGCGGAAAGGAGGGCCAAGGAGCUCCUCAAGAGGCAGGCCCUCCUCGAGGCCGCGGGGGGCCCCGACGCAUUCGCCCCGGGACUCCUGGGGCCCCCCGCCAUGCCCCCGGGGCUCCUCCAGGGGGGGCCCCUCUUGGGGGGGCCCCCCCUCGUCGGGGCCCCCGGAAUGCCCCAGAUGGGCGGGGCCCCUCUAGGCGGGCCCAUGGCCAGGGGCCCCAUGCUCCCCGGGCCCAUGGCCGGACCCAUGGGGGCGCCUCUCCCAGGGGGGCCCCUCCCAGGGGGGCCCCUCCCGGGGGGCCCCCUCCCCGCGGGCCCCAUGAUGCCCCCCAUGGGCAGGGGCCUCCCCGUCACCAACAGACCCAGCGUCUUGGGGGGGGCCCCCAUGAUGGCCGUCCCAGGAAAGGCCCCCCCAAUGCACAGCCCCAGCCUCAGGCCCCCCAUGUAA